AUGGCGCUGGAAGCAGAAACAAGCUGGAAAGCUGGAAUGGAUUUUACCAACGUGCUUGGUGAGAUCUACCAUGCAUUGUCUCAGAAAGAAGCGAAAGACGCCGAUGUCCAGCCUACAGGAGCACAGCGGGCCGAGGCCUUCGUGAGGGCCUUCCUGAAGCGCAGCACGCCUCGAAUGAGCCCGCAGGCCCGCGAGGACCAGCUGCAGCGCAAGGCGGUGGUCCUGGAGUACUUCACCCGCCACAAGCGCAAGGAGAGGAAGCAGAAAGCCAAAGGCCUCUCUGCCAGGCAGAGGAGGGAGCUGCGGCUGUUUGACAUUAAACCAGAGCAGCAGAGAUACAGUCUUUUUCUGCCUCUCCAUGAACUCUGGAAACAGUAUAUCAGGGACCUGUGCAAUGGGCUUAAGCCAGACACGCAGCCACAAAUGAUUCAGGCCAAGCUGUUAAAGGCAGAUCUUCAUGGGGCCAUUAUUUCAGUGACAAAAUCCAAAUGCCCCUCUUACGUGGGUAUUACAGGAAUCCUUCUACAAGAAACCAAACACAUUUUCAAAAUUAUCACCAAAGAAGACCGCCUGAAAGUUAUCCCCAAGUUAAACUCUGUGUUCACUGUGGAAAUUGAUGGCUUUAUUUCCUACAUUUACGGGAGCAAAUUCCAGCUUCGGUCAAGUGAACGGUCUGCAAAGAAGUUCAAAGCAAAGGGAACGAUUGACCUGUGAAUGCAGUUGUUGACGACAGCUGAAAACAAACUCCCUCAGUGCCCACCUUUCAGUGAAGAGAUGGCUAAGCCGAUUCCGUUUAUAGACUGCCUCCAGCCAGGGAAGCUCUGGGUGGAGGCUGUUGAGCAAUAUGGGAAGCGUACUGAGUGAAGAAGUCAGGGGACAGGAAUUUCCCCUUCUAGGAGAUCUUAAUUGUGGAUGGCUCCCAUAGAGAGGAACAGACCGACGGGAAACACACCAGGGUUAACACUGGUUGACUUCAAUUUAAAGAUGCUUUUUCAUGUUUCCUGAGUGCUCUAUGAUGAAUCCGUUGCCUCUGUGAUCAUACAUCAUACAUGUGGAUCGCAUUAUACAUUGUGGCUGUGAUCAUACAUUAUACAUAGACAUUAUACGUAAACAGGCAUCAAAUGAAGGAGCUAUUGCUGCAGUCCAGCCAGGUUGAAACGGAAGGGGACUCCCCAAAGGUCCAUUGGAUGGCAGGUGUCUACAGAGGCACGCCUUUGGGUGGAACUCUUUGACCUACCUAAGAGUUACUUUGCUAUUUCAGGAAGGUUGAAGAGGACUGAAGGGUGGGUUGCUCGGUAACUUAGGGCUUAUUCACUUCAGGAAUCCCAGCUGGGGUGGAUGCCAGGAGCAUAGCACCACAUGCAGCUGUGCUUACGGCAUGAUCACCCCACAUAGCUAGAGGGGACCACUCCUGAGCUCCCAGCGUGAGCUGUGGAGGCCUGAAAGGCGGUCACCAAGCAUUGCCUCCUGAGGUCAGGCCGGCAGCAUUGAUGCCCUUUGAUAUCUUAGUUCCAUUUUGCUGCUGAAAGACUUGGCUCUUCAGUCUGAACCUGGCCCUCUGUGGCGAUGUGUCCAUCAGACCAGUGGGUCAGGCCCUUCCAUGCAUGGCCAGAGGAAAAGUGGGCCCAGGGCUGCAGUGAGCAUGGGAUGGGGGACCAGCCUAGCAGAUGGGUCAGAAACAUGACUCCAAAGGACCGACUGCCCCUGCGCUUUGAGCAGUAAGUAUCCGCCGAUCAACGAGGUAAGGCCAGAAGCCCUCGUGGUGAAAGGCAGGCCACAAAUCUGCUCUCUCUGCAGGAGAAGUGGCGGUGCCGAGGCUUUGCAUUUCUGGUACCUUCCACCCAGACCACACCAGAGAAAAACACCGCACUGGAGAAGGGAAGUGAGAAUGCUGACUGCUGUGUGCCGGGAGAGCAGAAAGGCCUAGCUGUGUGCCCCUGCCCCUCCCCAAGGCUCACAGUGCACCGAGAGUCUCACAGGGACCAGCCCGGUGCCUCAGUCCUGCUUCCAUCCUGUGCACCAGUUCUGAGGUGGCUGGAGUGCUCUCCCCCAAGCAGCACACAGUCACCGCUGCCAGUGACGCAGACACGCACAGGCCAGGGACAUGGAGCUCAAGCCCACUGCCACCUCGGACAGGGGCCCCAGCCCACCAACCGCCUGGUGGUGUGUCCAUCCUCAUUCUGCCACAGGAAGACAGACUUCAAGGGACUCCUUGCCCAAGGCCUCCCUGACUCAGGGUAAAACAGAUUUGGACCCAAAAGUCAGGCUCCAGCACUGCUUUCAGCUACAGGGUGCCUGCAGGGUGAGAUGGAUGCGGCUCUAAAGCGCAGGAUGUGCAGCCUUUCCUACCUGCUUUCCCACGAGCAAUCCCUGUCUCGAGUGGGAAGUGGCAUCUAUUCCCCCAGCCAUCUGAAAGUGCUGCAUCUUGUAACAGCAUAAACAGCAUAGGAGCUGUAGCUUCCUAGCCAUCCCGCUCUUACCCACCCCCCAGCAACGUAAAAGGCGUCCACUGUUGUGUAAAUACACAGUCGCUUUCCAGAAAAGUUGUUGGUACCACUUGC